UUGACACCUUUGGAGCGUUUUCUUUCGAUUCAUUUCGGCAUUUGGUUAUUCACUAUUGCUAUUGCGCUGCUCUUGAAUAUCCCUUCUUCCUCUCCGCUGCCACUCCUUGGACUUAGCCAGCCGGAACAUCCAUUGCUCAAGCCUUUCACUGUCGCAUGUCUGCUGUCUUCUUUCAUAUCCUACAAUACCCGCUCCGUUGGCUCUCUUGCCACAAUACAUUGCUUACUGACCGCUGUCGUUGGAUUAUGGGGCCUCUGGGUUAUGGUCUUUGGAUCUUCCGUUCGUAUUUCCAAAAAGACUGGUGCCGAUAAACGCACAUCGGCUUUCAUCUUCGGAAACCUGUCUGCAGCAUCUAAACAAAAGAAGGAAUGGUUGAAGCAACAGAAAACUGAACACACGUCAUGA